UUCCAAACUGGUGUCCACUUGUUGCACACUCUUCGGUCACGCGCUGUGGGAAGCAGCCUCGCGCUGUCGUGUCGUUUCCAUAUUUGUUUUAAUUUAAACUUUCUUUUCAUGCGUUUAAAAAGAAAGAAAGGAGGUGUUUUGUCUACUUUUCCUGGACUUCCAGGACAGACACCGGUCCCCCCCCCCCUCCUCUCAGUGUUGACCAUGCUGCGCAGGUUACACUUUCGCCACUGAAACCUGUUUCGUGAGGCGUCUGUCGAAGGAAAACAGUUUUUUUGUGUUUGUUGCAUCUCUCAUUCCCUCAAUAUGACCGAUGAGAGCAGAAGCGAGCACAGAGCUGAGAGCGGGAAGGACUUGGAGAAACAGCUCCGUCUGCGAGUGUGCGUCCUAAAUGAACUUCUGAAGACUGAGCGGGAUUACGUCGGGACGCUAGAGUUCCUCUCGGUGUUUCUACAUCGUCUCAACCAGUAUGCAGCCACCAAAAUUGACAAGAACAUCACAGAGGAGACUGUCAAGGUUUUAUUUUCCAACAUCGAGGAGAUCCUGGCCGUUCACAAGGACUUUCUCUCCAUGGUGGAGGAGCUGCUCCAGCCUGACCCUCAUGCUCACCAUGAAAUCGGGCGCUGCUUCUUGCACUUUAGGAGUCGUUUCCAGAUUUAUGAUGAAUACUGUGGGAAUCAUGAGAAGGCUCAGAGGCUGCUGCUGGAGCUCAAUAAGAUCAGGAGCGUUCGGACAUGUUUACUGAACUGCAUGUUGCUGGGAGGCAGAAAAAACACAGAGGUCCCGCUGGAGGGUUACCUGGUAGCUCCUAUCCAGAGGAUCUGCAAGUACCCAUUGCUGCUCAGAGAGCUACUGAAAAGGACCCCGAAGAAGCACAACGACUACGCCCUGGUGCAGGAGUCUCUGCAGGUGAUGAAGGCUGUGUGCUCCAGCAUCAACGAGGCCAAGAGACAGAUGGAGAAGUUGGAGAUUCUGGAGGAAUGGCAGUCCCAUAUCGAGGGCUGGGAGGGCUCCAAUAUCACAGAUACAUGCACGGAGAUGCUCAUGCACGGCGUCCUCUUGAAGAUUUCAGCUGGAAACAUACAAGAGAGGAUUUUCUUCCUGUUUGACAAGCUUCUGAUCUACUGCAAGAAGAAAAACAGGCGUUUAAAAAACAGCAAGACGGCCACAGAGGGACCACGCUACCUGUUCAGAGGGAGAAUCAACACAGAGGUGAUGGAGGUGGAGAAUGUGGAUGAUGGCACGGCUGACUACCACAGCAGCGGGAACAUAGUAAACAACGGCUGGAAGAUCCACAACACGGCCAAGAACAAGUGGUUCGUCUGCAUGGCCAAGACCCCGGAGGAGAAACAGGAGUGGCUGGAGGCCAUCAUGAAAGAGAGGGAGCGGAGGAAAAGCCUGAGGCUCGGCAUGGAGCAGGAUACGUGGGUGAUGGUGUCAGAGAAGGGCGAGAAACUUUACCACCUCAUGACCAAGGGUAACCUCAUUAAGGAUCGUAAACGCAAGCUCACCACCUUCCCCAAAUGCUUCCUGGGAAGUGAGUUUGUGUCUUGGCUGAUGGACAUUGGUGAGACAGGCAACCCAGAGGAAGGGGUUCACCUGGGUCAAGCUCUGCUGGAGAAUGGAAUCAUCCACCAUGUCACGGACAAACACCAGUUCAAACCUGAGCCUGUACUGUACCGCUUUCGCUACGACGAUGGCACCUACCACCCCAGAGGCGACAUGCACGAUGUCAUAUCUAAGGGCGUUCGACUCUUCUGCCGUCUUCACAGCCUCUUCACUCCUGUUAUCAGGGAUAAGGACUACCAUUUGCGGACCUACAAAUCAGUGGUGAUGGCCAACAAGCUCAUCGACUGGCUUAUUGCACAGGGGGACUGCAGAACCAGAGAGGAAGCGUUGAUCUUGGGGGUGGAGCUGUGCGACAAUGGCUUCAUGCAUCACGUGUUGGAAAAGAGUGAAUUCAAGGACGAGCCCUUGUUGUUUCGUUUCUUCGCUGAUGAGGAGAUGGAGGGUUCCAACACCAAACACAAGCCCAUGAAGCACGACCUGAAGAUCGUGGAGAAUGUCAUCUCCAAGUCUCUCCUGAUAAGGCCCAAUGACGGAGGCUACGGCUUUACGCUGGAAGAGAGAAACAGAGUUCCCAUCAUCAAAUCUGUAGAGAAGGGCUCCCCAGCUGAGAUGGCUGGGCUGGAGGUGGGGAAGAAAUUAUUUGCCAUAAAUGGAGACCUGGUGUUCCUCAGGCCUUUCUCUGAAGUGGAAGCUCUCCUUAGGCAGUGCUUCAACAGCAAGGGGCCCCUCAGGGUGAUGGUUAGCACCAAGCCAAGAGAGACGAUAAAGAUCCCAGACUCCGCUGAUGGGUUGGGUUUCCAGAUCCGUGGCUUCGGCCCUUCUGUGGUCCAUGCUGUUGGGAGAGGCACGGUGGCAGCCAUCGCCGGUCUCCACCCGGGCCAGUGCAUCAUCAAGGUGAACGGCAUCAACGUAAGCAAGGAGAGCCAUGCCAGCGUCAUCGCUCAUGUCACCGCCUGCAGGAAGUACCGUCGACCCACACAGCAAGACACUAUAAAGUGGGUGUACAACAACAGUGAGAGCGCCCAGGAGGACAACCAGACAACCAACCAGAAACCGAGCCCCGAGGAGAACGGAGACGGCUUCGAGUGUAAAGUAGAAGAGGUGAUGGACAAAUUCAACACCAUAGCCAUCAUCGACGGCAAGAAGGACCAUGUCAGUCUGACUGUAGACAACGUCCACCUGGAGUACGGAGUGAUGUACGAGUAUGACAGCACAGCCGGCAUCAAGUGUCACGUACUGGAAAAGAUGGUCGAACCGAAGGGAUUCUUCAGCCUCACUGCGAAGAUACUGGAGGCGCUGGCGCGUAAUGAUGACACGCUCGUGCAGAUGUGUGGCAGGUUGAGUUCCAGCUGUGAUGUAAUCCCAGAGGAGCUGCAGGUACGCUUCAGUGCCAUGUGUGGUGAGAGGGUGGAGCACAUCAACCGGCGAAUCACCAACUACAGAAAGUUUGCUCGGGUCCUGAAGAACCGAGCGUGGCCCACCUUCAAGCAGGCUAAAGCCAAGGUGUCCCCCCUCCACAGCAGCGACUUCUGCCCUACAAACUGUCACUUCAAUGUGAUGGAGGUGUCCUACCCAAAGACCACCACCUCUCUGGGUAGUGCCUUUGGUGUGCAGCUGGACAACAGGAAGAACACGAUGGAGAAGGGAGGGCGCAGCAGUGCUGGGCAGGGUAAGCUAAACCCCAUGGUUAAUGUCCAGCAUACUAUCACCACGAUGGCCGCCCCAUCAGGUCAUAGCCUGGGCAGGACGGAGGGUCACGGCCUUCGCUUCCUGCUUCGAGAGGAAGACCUGCUCACCCUGGACUCUUACCAGAAACUCCUCUACAAACUCACCAUGGUUGUCAAGGAGAUGGAGACGCACGGUGCCCAUAUUCAUGACCUCUUAUCCUCCAUCACCCAUCCUCCAGCGUCAGAGGCGAGGACUCCGGAGAACUACAUAUCGGCAGAGAGUGAGGGGGAGAAAGGGGAGCGGAACGGAAAGAAAGUUUGUUUUAACGUAGCAGGGGACGAGCAGGAGGACUCCGGACACGACACGAUCAGCAAUAGAGACUCCUACAGUGACUGUAACAGCAACAGGAACUCCAUUGCCUCCUUCACUAGUAUCUGUAGCAGCCACUGCAGCUCCUACGUUCACAGCGAUGAGAUGGACUCAGGAGAUGAGAUGCCCUCCAGCGUGUGGCUGUCCCACGAUAAGCAGAAGAAACUUCACAGCUUUCUUGAACAUCUGUUUAGCCAGGUGGACUCCAUCACCAGCAUGCUGAGAGGAGCUGUGGUGGCUCGGGCGUUCGAGCAGACAAAGUGCUUUACACCUGGAAGAGGAUUACAAGAGUUCCAGCAGGAGAUGGAGCCGAAGGUGAACUGCACCAAGAAGCUGCGUCUUCAUGUCAAGCAGGAUCCCUGGAACCUUCCCAGCAGCGUUCAGAGCCUCACACAGACCAUCGCUAAAUAUGUUGAGGAGGUGAAGACACGGCUGCUUUUGGUCUUACUCCAGUAUACAGACUCUGAGAUCCAGUUGCGUCGAGAUAUGGUGUUCUGUCAGUCUCUAGUUGCAGCUGUGUGCACCUUCUCAGAGCACCUGUUGGCCGUCCUCAAUCAGUUCAACAAUGUAGGCAGGGAGUCAGACCAGGACAGCUUGGACCCCCAAGACCUUCAGGAGGCCCAGGAAGCCAGCUGCCGUUGGCUGGAGCAGAUCGCCAGCGCUGGGCUUCUCAUCCACUUCCAGUCCCUCCUCUCCCCCAAUCUGACGGAUGAGCAGGCCAUGUUGGAGGACACGCAGGUGGCUUUAAUUGACCUGGAGAAGGUCACAUUCUACUUCCAGCAGUUUGAAGGGGAGCCACUGGUGGCCAACAUGCCCAUGUCAUACCAGGUGGAGGGCACCCGUCAGGCCUUGAAAGUUUGCUUCCACCUUGAGAGUUUCUACUUCUCCCAGCUGCCUCACAGGCUGAAAAACGGAGGAGGCGUCAAAAUCUACCCUGUGCUCUUCACACAAGCGCUGGAAAGUAUGGAGGGUUACUACUACAGAGACAAUGUGUCAGUGGAGGAAUACCAGGCCCAAAUCAAUGCUGCCUCAUUGGACAAGGUCAAACAGUACCACAAGAGACUGAGGGCCUUCUACCUGGAUCAGUCCAACAUGCCGCCUAGCUCUGCACCCAAAGCAGCCCUCGUAGACAAGUUGAUGUGCCCCUUUAAUGCUCUGGAGGAGCUGUACCGUCUGAUGGAGAGCUUCAUCAGUUGUCGGCGGACUGCUGCCUGUCAGUACACCGCCUGCGGGGCUUCUGGAGUGGGGCUGCUCUCCGUGGCCUCUGAGCUCUGCUCACGUCUGGGAGCCACACACAUCGUCAUGUGCAACAGCGGUGUUCACCGCUGCACCCUGAGUGUGACACUGGAGCAGGCCAUCCUGCUGGCCCGCAACCACGGUCUGCCUCCUCGCUGCAUCAUGCAGGCCACUGAUGUGAUGAGGAAACAGGGGGCGAGAGUUCAAAAUUCCGCCAAGAAUCUGGGAGUGAGGGAUCGCACGCCGUCAUCAGUCCCACGGUUGUACAAGCUGUGCCAGCCUCCACCCCCGGAUGGUGACCCAUAAUGCAUUGCAUCCAGGGGAUGCUGAAGUCUCGAGAAGCAUUGCGUCCUCCCUCCACUCAUUAGGGCUCAACCUAAUAAAGGACAGACAUUGGGUCCAUUUGAUAUGUCCAGGGUAGCUGCCUAAAGUGUAAAUAGGAUUUUUAAAACCAUAAAUAGUAUUUUUAAUACUUUAUAUUUUCCAUUGUUGUACUCUAUACAUAUAUUUUUUAUUUUUUUCAUAUACUUCAUCUGACAAGACAAGGACUCACAACAAAAGAUGUAUACCUGAGAAUGCUGUUCAAUUAGCCUGAUGCAAAGGAAUGAUCCCAUCAGGUCACUGUCGUCUGAUUAUGGGCUGCUUUCAUAGGGGACAUUUUCAUUUCAUGAUCUUAUUUUAAUUUGUAUAUGAACAAAGCAAGCUAAUUUGGAUUCAUGGAUAUUUGGCUUUGUUUUGUGGUAAAAGUAGCCAAUAAUUGCCUGCUUCUGUCCAGAUCUGACUUCUAUGCUUUAUUGAUUAUAUCUCAGUAUUGGAUAACUAUAUGAAUGUGUGUUUUGUUACCUUCCUCAACAUGUUUAUUCGCUUGUAAAUAUACAAAUGUGGUGUGUGAAUGUGUGAAAAGAGUCAUGCCAUUGAUUCCCAUUGUGUUUGGAUUGCUAUGACUGUUGCAUGCAUGCAGAUGAAUAUUUUUAUCGGUUUAUCAGUAUUAACAUACACUAGGUUUGUGGAAGUAGAGCUAUGAAAUAUAUUCUGUUAUUUUAUAUUGACAGUACUCAGGAUUAAAGUGUCCCUCUGUUACUUAUUCUUGGAUAAAUCAUUGUAGAUGAAUAGCUCACUAUGCAAACAAACAAGUGGUAAUAAACUGCAUCAAUAAGCUCCA